AUGGCGAUGAUAGAUUUUAUUUUAAAAAAUCCAAAUAAUUCAAAAACUUCUGAUUUCAUUGCGUAUUAUAAUUCAACUGAAGAGUCAAAUGCCAACCCAUUAGGCAAUAUAAAUUUCCAUUAUCCAAACUAUAUUUUUUGCAAUUUAUUAAUGAUCAAUGGUGUAAAUAUUGAUCAAGACAUAUGUUUUGAAGAAAUAGUUUAUUCGGCGUUUCCAUGUAAACGUAAUAUUUGGGAACGAAGAAAUAAAAGACACUUUCCUAUAAUUAAAUAUAAAUUUAAUUUAUCAUUAAGUCGAAUACGCAAGUUGGGACUGGAAAUUGAAUCCACAAAACACUUUAAUCAACACCUCACACUUAAAGGACAAACUGUCAAAAUUUUAUCUUAUGAUUUGCCAACAGAACAAUUCAUCUUAGUUUAUCAAUAUAAUCGACUCGCUCGAUUGUAUGGCAUUCAGACUGUCGGUUUAGAAAUAAUGAAGUCAUAUUUGUUCUUAUUAAACGAUAGUGAAUCUAGAGAUAUUAUAGUUAACCGUGAUAUUUGGAUGCCUAACGAUGCAAUGAAAACCAGAACUGUUUUUAUCAAGAAUUGGACUAAAGGUGUUAGUUACUCUAUUCUUUAUGGCAAGUUUCUUGAUCUGGAAAAAAGGCUCAAUUCUUUUUGGUUCAG